CAUAGCAGUACCUGUUCUAAAUAUCGCGAGAUGUUGGCGUUCUUGAGGGCAAGUCUUUGCAGCAAGGCAGUGAGUGCAAGUAUCAUGUCGCUGCUUAGCCUUGUGGAUGAAUCCAUCAUUUUGUGCAAACUUGAGGAGGCCAAAAUAAACGAGAACAUCAUUCAAUGCGGAGAGAUACUGCUGUCCUUGAGACCACAACAGGAAGAUUACAAGGAAACAGUAAUGAAAAAAGAUUUAGAAAUGGACCCAGAUGUCCUACCUGAAGAGAGACAGGAAAUGGAACUGCUGAAUCGAAUGCUGGAAAAGGCCCUCAGAGUUCGCGGUGGCACAGCACUCCAGAAAGACCCUCCCAAUAGUACAGGGCCAAUGAAAGAACCAGCGGAAACGCCACAGGGCAAACUAAGGGCUCUGCCCCCAGUUUGUACCAAAGGGACUAAGGCUAGCAAUAAAUCAACCUCCAAACCGAUCGUGAUGGACAAAAAAGAGUCCUGGAAGUUUUCUGCAUCUCAUCCAUCCAGGUGCAGAAGGGGGAGAACUGGUCAUCCGAUAGGUAGGGCUGGCACGAUCAGAGGCUCUGUCAAGAUCCGGAAACAACCUGUUAUGUCAUCAGAGGGUUUGCCUCUUGAGUUCUCUGGGAAAGUAGCAAAGCAGACUUGUCCUCCUGGUCCUGUGUCACAUGAUGAGGGUCCAGUCCUACAGGCCUCAUCAGAACUGUCACAUCGGAGCUUGUUUGGGGAAGACUCAGGCAACAUUUUGGCCGCCUUCCAGCCUUCUCAUGAGGGGGACCCUGUGUCUUUUGUGUCACAUGUAGAGGGGACAUCGAAAGCACAUGUGGUUUCAGCGCCACUGAAUAGUAUGUUAUCCAAAUGGAGCAGUCUAAGGACAAGAGGAAGCAGAUUAUGGGACAAAGUACUGGCUCAUCAAUCCAAACAUGUGACAGAGAGGAGUCACUUCAUGGAGAGAGUGAAAGCCACUUUCCCCAAAGAGUGGCCAAGCCGAGGCAGCCCAGCCGCCACCAGCGCUCAGGUGGACAGAAUAACACAGCUGUGCAGGGACUUCACUUACCGCUGCCGGAGUGAGCGGCUGCUGUCUCGCCAGACAUCCAGAACGACUGGCCCAGAGCCAGGUGCCAGCCCAGCCAAUGGAGACCAGGGGGGAACAUGCAUGAAGAAGACAUAUGAAUCCUUUCUGAUGCUGGAAGGCCUGGAGCAGAUUGGGACAGACCUCCGUAAACAUGCUGGACAGCUGAUAAAAGAGUCAGAGGCAUGGGAUCACUGGAGGAGGCCGGAAGGGGUUGGAGAGUUCUGCACCGUCAGGAGAAGAGGCGGGUGGGGGGACCCAUGUGGACUGACCCUACUCCCCCCAACCCUCAUCUACACCUCUCAGGCAGAGCUUCAGGAGGUGGAGAGGCUAAGGCUACGGGUGGAACUGAUGCAGCAGGAGGUGCAACUGCAACAGGCUUUGUCUGAUACUAUGGUUACGCUGUCCUCCCCUGGACCUCCCAACCCCACUGCGCUCCGGGACAUUUACUCCCUGCUCACAGAGGGAGGGGUACAGUUCCCGUCUUUGGUUCUGGACAUGGAGCCUGACUAAUGGACCAGGCCAGUUUGACUGGGUCCUGUUCAUUUGGCCACACAAUGCAACUGGAAGAUGCCACCUGUAUCAUUCAGUGUUUAUCUGUUUGGUGCUGAAUGACUCAAACUGUAUGAAUGCCCAAUGAAUUGAAGAGGGAUUUUUGUGUUUUUGUGUCAUGAAUGUUGAUCUUUUUAUUUAUUUUGAGUGAUUGUGUAUUGAGAGUGCCCGGUUUCUGUCAGAAAUUGAAUUUUAUAAUCAUUGGCGUUCUGUAUUGAAAUACUUUUUUGACAUGGAAAGUUUUUUCUGCAUCCUGGAACCAACAAGGUGAAAAACUAUUCUGUUCGGUUCCUGAAGGAAACAGUUAACUCUGUUUGCUCCCAGGUCGUUGCUGUAAGUAAGAAUGUGUUCUUUGCACACCUAUCUGGCAAAAUAAAUGUUAAAAACAAGAAGAGGAUAAAUGCAGACAUUGCCCACAAGGAGGCAUUCUGGUGAUGAGGAGGCAUUCUGGUGAUGAGGAGGCAUUCUGGUGAUGAGGAGGCAGUCUGGUGAUGAGGAGGCAUUCUGGUGAUGAGGAGGCAGUCUGGUGAUGAGGAGGCAGUCUGGAGACUCGUUCAUCUAAAGGACCCCUAAACGUUGUCUGUUUGGACUGUGGGAGUGGAAGAAUGCAAAGGACUCGCGGUUCUCCAUCCUGGCCCUGGCUGUGCUCUGAACACACCAGGGGUGCUGUGAAGAGGACAAUCGUGCAAAAUCCAACAGACAAUUCUUGUCAAAAUUGUCACGCCAAUUUUGACAAGGAUGAGCCUCACCUGACUCUUCCAGGUGAAGUCGUACUCUGUUCCAGUCCUAAUUCACGCUCUACAGUUUCCCCAAGGACCAGCGGUCUAGGGGGAGAUGUGUCUUUCAGUCAUAGUCAUGAACUUGAUUAUGGUCAAAUACAAAUGAUCUAGAUCAGUGUCUUUGACAGGGCAGAAUUCUCACCCUAUCUCAAAGAACAGCUUAUUUCUGUCCUGUCAGGCCACAAUGUAGAUGACAAAAUAUCUAUUCUAUCUGAUCCUGUAAUCUGUUUAAUAGACAAAAAAUGUAUGGGCCUGUCAAACUGAUGUCAUAUGUGAGCUUUACCGGGCGGGGAUGAGUUUUAGGGGGCCUAGAGGGGACAAAACAGUGUGCGCAGUCUAUACACACUCCGAUAAUGUCGAGAUAGCACAAGCUGUUCCAGACUGGGCAACAGGUGGCGCCGUUUUCACACAGCCGGCCGUUGGGGCUCCACUGCACCAGUCCUCACACAGACACACAUCUCCAGGCCAUCCGGGGGACAGGUUCCAUGGAAAGCUACUUGGGGUUAAGUUUCUGAUGGGGUUAAGUUUCCCACUUGUAAGAGAUGGAAACAAAUGUCCAGGGUAGUUGGAAUGAAAUGGGAGAAAAGUGUCUAUUCACGAACAAAUCUACUGAGAUAAACUGGUCUUUAUGCUAGCUGGACUCCAAAAGAGGGAUGAGGACACUGAUAAUUAUUCAUUGACAAAUGAUUCUGGUGCUAUCUCCCGAGUCUCUGUCACACGGCAGUAGUUGGAAGCACUGGCGACAAAACAUUUUCUGUCAAGAGUGGUUUAAUGGGCCAGUUAACCAUGCCUAACGGUGAACGGUUUAUAAUUUACUGUUUUUCAUUAUAUGAUACUUCGUUUUAUUACUGGUUUUCAUUGUUUCCCCACAAUUCCUCCAUGUACUAUUGAAUGGGAAAAACAAAAGCCUCUGCUGGGAUUCAUCUCUAUGACCUUUCUUAAUUCCACCAGGGAGAAUAAAUAUUGGCCGUUUAUCAAUUCAAAGUACGCUAAGAACGUACGUUCAGUAGAACGUUCUUGCCAAGCGUCCUUAAGAGUAUGGUCUUGCAAGAACGCGAGGACAGAGAACGCACCUACCUAGAUUGAGAGGCAUGUGUAUUUGGCUAUUGCGCAACCGUAUGCUUUUCCUGCUCUCCUGACAUCUUGAAAUGAAUUCUAGGAUAUCAUAAGCGUUCUCGAUAAAAGAGUCGAAUCAAGUAAACCAUCCGGUCGUUUUGGUAACUUGCGUUCUUUGGAUUGGAACCGUACUUGGGCAAUGAAAGAUGACGUCAAACGAGUUUACAAGAACACAAGCACGGACAAAAACGCGGAAUGAUAAACGGCCAUUGUUUUCAGUAGAAUGUUGCUACGUCAUUGCAGUCAUCGUGCCCUGUGUUUGAAAAGUGCUUAAUUCCCAGAGAAUUGGUGCAUCCUAUCCUGAGAAGGAAGUCUCCGUCCCGAGCGGGCAUGUGAAAAUAAAGGGGAAGCCAGCGUGCCUUAUAAGUAGUGAGUCUGUGCGUGUUUGUACUGGCCACCCAGAGGAAAGGAAUCCACCAAAAUCGGCAGCGCCUUCGUUUGCUUAUUACAUUUACACAUACUCUGAAUGUUAUGUGGUGAAAGGUGCUACUAGUGACAGACAGCAUAUUGAAUAAAUACAAUCUGUUAUGUUCAUAUACAUUUAUGUACAGCAUUGUGAGCGGUAACAUCAGGGGCGUCAGUUUGUGUUGAAAAGUGAUGGGGACAAAAGAUCAGAUGUAAAAAACCUUACAGCAGGACGGGAAAAUAUUGAAUAACGGCGCCAUUAUUUUAGAAUUAGUAAUAGUUUAUUUUGUUUAAGUAAAAAUUUUUUGGACAAUGUACAUUGUUUCUUUCUGUAUCUA